AUGCAAAAGGGAGACGGGGUUGUGCUGUUUUCUUUCGGCUCGGUCGCUGCUGCACAUAAAAUGCCUGAAGAAUGGAAAACGAUCUUCCUGGAAACGUUCAAGGAACUUUCCAACUACCAGUUUCUGGUGCGAUAUGAUAGUGACGAUCUGAAAGGUAAUCUCUCAGAAAAUGUACAUCUGUUUCAAUGGCUUCCACAGUCUGACAUUCUUCAACAUCCUAACACUAAGGCAUUCAUCACUCAUGGUGGAUACAAUAGUGUACAAGAAGCAAUUUCGCUGGGCGGUGUGCCUUUGAUAUCGAUUCCACUUUUUGGAGAUCAACCAAAGAAUGCUCGUUUGGCUGAGCACCAUGGAUUCGGACUCGUCCUUAACAGGGCUGAACUCAGCGUAUCCACACUCACGAAAGCAAUCCAUGAGGUGGUCCAGAAUUCAAAAUACAAGAAUAGCGCCAGACGAUUGUCGCAAAUGAUUGAACGUCAGCCGAUCAGUCCCGUGCAGCUUCUGGUGAGAUGGUCUGAAUUCGUUGCCGAAUUCAAAACGCUUGAAAACCUCGAGCCAGCAGGAAACAAACUGAACUUCUUCCAGUAUCACUCUUUAGAUGUGAUCGCAUUCUUAACAUCCAUUCUGGCUGUGAUUUUACUACUGGUUGUCAAAGUGGCCAUUUUAUUUUGGAGAUUUGUAUCCUCAAGAAUCUCAAAAAUAAGAAAGCAUAAAGUGGCAUAG